AUGGAGAACUACGACUGCUUGUUUGCUGAGACUGCACGGGAAUUUUACCGUUCUCCUUCCACGAGAACCCUUCCGCCUCCCGCGCAGCAGAGCCGGAAGACCGGAACCGGCGCCGAGCUUGUUAUCGGACCAAACUUCAGCACUGGCUUGUCCCCCGAGAAGGCUGCCACGGCCCUUAGAAACGCCGGGACCCAGCUGGUGAUUGCAGUUAGUUUUGGCGAGAUCCUUCAACAGAACGUGAUCAAUAACAGUAGAGAGGCAUUAUAA